GCCAGCGCUCCCCUCCCGCUUCGCGCCCAUUCAGCUCGUGCGGCCCCUCCAGCAGCUCCGGCCCGUCCCCCAGGGACCCCCCCCCGUCCCCCGGCCGGAUGGCUCCUGGCCCCGCCCCCGGAGGCCCCGCCCCUGGUCCCUCUUCCGCCCGCCCCUUCCCUGUUGCCCUUAAAGCCGCCGUCACGGGCGGUUGGUGGCCUCGCUCCCCCCCCCCCCCUCCGGCGGCGGCGCGUGGGGCGCCCUGCUCCAGGCAAGGCGCCUGCCGCGCCCAACCAACGCGGCCAUGGCCUUGCCCGCGGAGGCGGCCCGGGGCGUCCUAGGCUCCCUCCUGCGGGACUUCCCGUCCCCGCUGGGCCCGCAGGAUCCUCUGCCCUGGAGCGCGCAGGGCAGCGCCGCCCUCAGCAGGGCCGAGGCGCCGGGGGAGCUGGCCGAGUUGGCCAGGAGCUUCCUGGGCAGCAGGAAUGCACCGCCGCCUCUUGCAGCAUCUUUGAUCCACGCUGCAAUUGACAAAGUGCUACAGACUGAUCUUUCUGUUUUUAGAGAGCAGAGUGUGGAAGAGGAGAAAGAGGGAGACCAGAGGAAGUUCACCUUGUUGGAUGGAGGCUCUUUGCAGCGCUGUUUCUUUAAUAAGCUGCGAGACAUCUGCUGUGAAUGGCAGAAGCAACUGCCAUCCCUGAAGUCACUGAAGCGCUUCCUCCUGAUUUCCAGCCAUGCCAUCCGCAACGUCCGCCGGAAAAUGGAGGACAGACAUGUUUCUCUCCCAGAAUUCAAUCAGCUCUUCGGCUUGUCAGAUGAUGUUGAUCGAGCAUACUUUGCUGUAUUUGAUGGCCAUGGUGGAGUGGAUGCCGCCAAUUACGCAGCGACUCAUUUGCACGUAAAUGUUGCAUUACACAAGGAGAUUCUUAAGAACCCAAUUGAGGCCUUGAAAAGCUCUUUCCAGCAAACUGAUGAAAUGUUCCUUUUCAAAGCUGAAAGAGAGAGGCUGCGGAGUGGUACAACAGGUGUAUCUGCCUUAAUUGUAGGGAACAGGUUACACAUAGCCUGGGUUGGAGACUCCCAGGUAAUGUUGGUGCAGCAGGGAAAAGCUGUGACCCUGAUGGAACCUCACAAACCUGAAAGAGAAGAUGAGAGAAUGCGUAUAGAAGCCCUAGGUGGCUGUGUGACCCAUAUGGACUGCUGGCGGGUCAAUGGAACCCUUGCUGUUUCCAGGGCUAUUGGUGAUCUAUAUCAGAAGCCCUAUGUCUCUGGAAAUGCAGAUGGUAAUUCAUUUGAGCUGACAGGUUCUGAAGAUUACUUGCUCCUGGCCUGUGAUGGAUUCUUUGAUGCCAUCAGACCAUAUGACGUGGUGGAUCUGGUCCUAGAUCAAUUAAAGCAAAACAAAGGAGAUGGUCUCAAGGCAGCAGAGAGACUGGUGGCUGCAGCAAAGGAAAAUGGAUCCAGUGACAACAUCACUGUCUUGGUGGUCUUCUUAAGGAACCCCCCAGAUAUCUUGGCAGACUGCUUGGGAGACCCUAAAAGCCUCAGUGCUGAUGAGGGUGCAGAGGAUUCACCCUUUAACUUUUUCAGCUCUGAGAUGAACAAUCAGAGCGACAGCCACACAAUGAUAAAAUCUUAACUCUCAUAUGUUCCCCUAAAGAAAUUUUCUUUCCAUUGAAGAAGCUGCUAGUAGGAUGGGUAAAACGUCAGGAAUAAGGUGACCAAAAUUCCACAAAGAAAAAUGUCAGAGCUCAUCUUACUAUAUCCAUUGUCCCCUCUUCCCCUGAAACAGCUGAGCAGGCUGGAAGACUUGUGCAGCUACUUCUUCCCUGGACAUAAUUUUAAAGUGUUUGCCAGGUUGCCAGUUCAUGUCCCUCUGUCCUGGAGGUGGUAAGGAAUGUAUAAGCUAAUGGGGGAGAAUACUUACUUGUAUUAUGCUGCUUUGGGUUCUGCUUUAAUUUAAAAUAGUGCUUAAAAAAGAAAGCUAACAUGCAGAUAGUUUAAUUGUAAUGUUACCUAUUUAGGGGGUGUUUGCGGGAGAGAAGCCAUCAUCAAAUCGAAGCUUGUUACUGCAUACUAUCUCCAUGAACAGGUUCAGUAUUCUAGAGGAUCAGGUGUCCAGGAGUGGGAUCUUGUGCUUUUCGUGUUAUACCCUCAGAGACCUCUCGACUUCAUCAUUUCAUACCAAAGACAACAUUGUGAAAGACGGUGAUAUAAUAGAAACCUCAUCCUUUUAAAGAACCAUUUGACUUUUCGUAAUUAUGGGGAAAAUACAACGGAACACUUGAGGGAAACUAGGAAUAUCCUAAAGAGAAGAAGCAAUCAGUAGUUAAUUUAAUUGACUGAUACGGAAAGAAUACCUAAGAGUAAGGGUGAAUUAUUUCUGUGACACAAACACACUUUAUUAGCUAUUUGGUAACCUGAAAAGAGAGGACACUUGUUGACUGUGUUUAUAAGGGGUCCAUAGAAAUUGUGUAUUUAUGCUCUGCCAGUUCAAAAGGCCCUGUACUUGCCACAUCGUUUCUUAUGGUUUGCUAUAAACAAAGUGAAGUAUUUUAUUUUUUUUCUUUUCAUAAAGUUUUUGAGUAUUUACUGAACGUUAUGGCUGUGGGAACUUUUUUUGCAGUGUUACUGGAUUGAUUUUUGUUAAAUAGGAUUUUUAAAAUGUACACUUUUGUUGUCUGGCUUUAAAAACUGGCCACCUUCAAGUGCCUUAAAUGUUUCAGAAAAGGAUGGGAAAGGUUGGUUUUCUAUCAAAUUCAGGUGACCAUGUUCUAGUUAUGUUUUUAAAAUUUGGUUUAUUUCAUAAUAUAAAUAUUUUAAUGCACUUACAGCUCUUUCAUUUUUUUGUGAAUAAUUGAGCAGGAGCUGUGUUCCAAGAACAUUUUUGUUUUUCAGUGUUGCCAAACUCUGUGGUGUUUGUGAGACUCCUGAUGUUUGGUGUUUGCUUAAAGGCCCCAGCUAGCUGGCCUUGGGUUAUUUACCUGAGAAUCUUCAAUUUCAUUUUUAAAAAAAUUCUAACCCUCAGUUUUGUAGCGGGCAAACCCUAUGUGCGCCAAUACCAUUGUGCAGAUUUUCAAUAAAAAGAACCCCAAGUGUGUGGUUU